AUGCUUGCUGUACAGUGUCGCUUCUUGCUGGUUCUUUUGUUAACCACUCUCUGCGUACUUUCCCAUCAGUGUGUCAUUGUCCAGUCUAAACCACUUUUAGAAAACCUUCGAGCUUCCCUUCAAAAUGAACGAAAUCAAGAUAAUCUCAACAUUCCUGGAAAUGAAGAAUUCAAAUUCACAGCAUACAACAAGCAAGAAUCCAGCACUUCCAAUCAGUUGGUCGUUCAACAAUUGCAAAUUACCAUGGUACUCAACCACACUACAUUGCUCUUCCAUACCAGUAACAUGUACGAUAAAUACAAAUGUGAGGAAUUGAAUUCCAAUUUGAUGGAGUUUAGAUACUACAAAAGUUGUAUUACCACAAGGACACCCAAAUUCAUGAUGGAAUUGUCUGCCAACAAUCAACAAGGUGGAGUAGUAUUGAGCUUGUAUGAUGCAUUCGAUGCAAGCGUAUCCUAUCGAUUCGAGUUAAAGAAACAAACAUUGAGUCAGGAAGAGAAAAUUGAUUUGAUCUUUAACCAAAUGCAGAAUGAAAUUGCCAUGUUGAAAGACAUAUUAUGGUAUGAAGACAAGAAUUACAAUAAGAUGGAUCUCAAGAAAGGAGUGAAGGUCAAUAUUGGAAACUCGUAUUACACUUCCUCUGUUUCUCCAAGUAUAUCUCACAACAAUUAUCCCAGCCAAAUAUUUUCAGGAGCCAUUCAAAUAAGCUUUCCAAGAUUACUCAAUGUGACACGUGUUGAGUUAGAAAUUAAGGAUGGAGGUUCAUGUAAUAAUUACAUUAAUCCAAAUUCUGUAACACCUUUUUUCAAAUGGGGAAGAGAGGUUUAUGCAUACACUAAUUACAAUAGCUAUUACAUGUAUCCAUAUUUUCAAGACUUUAGUAAUGUGCAAACAACAAGAAGUGUCUCUCAAACAGGUGAUGGAAUUAUCAAGUUUUCGUCCUCCAUUUCUUCCAAAGUGACAUUGGACAUUUUAGUCAUUGGUGUGUAUAGUGGGCGUAGUGACUCAACCAGCUGCUGGUUCACUAUUAGAAACUUGAAAGUAUUUUAA